CCUCUUAUCUCCUGAUAAGACAUAUCGUGUGGAGACACUCUGCACAUGCUCAGUUUGGUGUGCUUACUAGAGAGGUUUUUUUUUUUUUUUUCUUGGGAGAGUGCAUGUGAUCAGCACAGGGCCAAUCAGCACUGUUCAGGCAGAGGGUCAGGGGUUUUGCAUCCUCCUAGAGCAGAAAGAAAACUCUUCCUACAAGUUUUAACCAGUUCUCUGCUGAAGUCACAAGACUGCUGUAACUGCUGAUGAGAAAAGGCAUUUAGCAGUUUAUAUUUACUAAAAUAAUUGAAUUUCCAUGUUCUGUGUACUGUGGGAGACCAUAUAUAGUGAGUGCAGGGUCCUGG